UGUACUUACGGUUCCUGUUGCAGUCUUGCCAAAGGUCAUCGUGCCAAGACACAGGUUCGAGACCCGCACCCCCGAAUUACCGAGGAACGCUUGCCUUUUAGUCUUCGGACGCUGGUACAAUAAACCUUGGAGGAAAAGCUUUCCAUGUGUUGGACUUUCUCCCACGACCGCCGGAUCACCAGCACGCUUGCCUUUGUCUUCUGACACUGGUAAAAUAAACCUGGGAGGAAAAGCUUGCCCGGUGUUGGACUCUCUCCCACGACCACCGGAACACCAGCACGCUUGCCUUUGUCUUCUGACACUGGUAAAAUAAACCUGGGAGGAAAAGCUUGCCGGGUGUUGGACUUUCUCCCACGACCGCCGGAACUCCAGCACGCUUGCCUUUGUCUUCUGACACUGGUAAAGUAAACUUGGGAUGAAAAGCUUUCCCGGUGUUGGACUCUCUCCCACGACCGCCGGAACUCCAGCACGCUUGCCUUUGUCUUCUGACACUGGUAAAGUAAAUUUGGGAGGAAAAGCUUUCCCGGUGUUGGACUCUCUCCCACGACCGUUGAACAAUUUUGAAAGAGCACUUGAGGAUUCACGAGUGCGUACUGCUGUUGGUGUUGGUGCACGUGUGCGCUACUCUGCGAUCACCAGCCCUUGGCGGGGGCGCGUCUUCACCCCAGCGUGCACAGAACAGAAAAGAUGUAUUAGACCGAUCCAAUAAAAGUGAGGAAAUGAACGAUCGCGAGCUUACCAAACAUCUUGCAAUGAAAACUCGUCCAGUGCUUUUUGGACAACAGCUACUCGCCAAAGAAACAGCCAAACUCAUCGACACACGUAAUGGUGUUAUGCUGCACAACAAAAGUUUAAAAUCUCUACGAAAUUUGAAAGAGUAUCAUCGCCAUGUGACGUCAGACCGUUUGAGCACUACACGUGGUAGGAGGGACACAAACAGUAAGCAGGACUCUAUAGUGCUAACAGUCAGCGGUAAUGCUUUACCGACAUUAGAACAAGUUGCAAGUAUGAACGGAACGGCCGACUUGCCUAAGAUUAUCCACGUGAGUAAGCGCCACGCCGAGUGCCCGGGGUUACGGCGGCGGGCAUUGUGCCCCUGGGUAUACGAGACGCGCGUCAACCCCACCUUCCAGCCGCCCCGUGUGCGGGUUGCCGUCUGUAACAGCGGCACCACCCAGCUCGGUGAGCUGUUGGUGGUCUGUGAGCAGAUCUACUCAGAAAUAACUCUUAAACGCCGGUUCUGCCAGGAUGAGCCCGACCAGUGCUAUGAAAAAGUAAGACUUCCUGUUGGUUGUGUGGCCGCCGUCCCGUGCGUGUUACAGUCAGCGGGCCUCACGCAGACGUACUCUUAGUGGUGUCAUUAGAACUAUGACAGUAUCAAUUUCAGGACAUUUUUUGAUUGAUGAUACCGAACUAGAAAUCUCAUAUUUACUGCCAAAAUUGUUUCGGGUAAUUAAGUACUUGUGGUCUUUCGAACUGUUACUUGAAUCUCUCAAAAAUAUUUGUUAAUGGAUGUAAUUGUAUAUUGGGAUUUUGAAAAUACAAUGUUAAUGCAAU